AUGCCUCUCAUCCCCUCUCUUGCUCAUCUCAUCCCUUCUCUCGCUCUACGUAGAAGUCCGGCCAUCAGAAUACAGUUCACCGCCGAUGAAAGCCAUCGAUUGAUUCAUACAGCCAUCCCUUCUCUUCCCCUCUCUCGCUCAUCUCAUCCCUGGUCGUCUAUCUCUCGAAAUACAAGGCAUCGCCAACUCCAGCCGUCAAUUGAUUCAUAUAGAAUCGACUAUUGGGAUUCUUCUUCUUCAUUGCUCCGAGGAAACUAUGGGCUGUACAGAAUGGAGUCUGGAAGAAAAGGACCAGCACUUGAAUUUCUUGUCGAGAGUGGAAAAAAUGAUUAUAACUGGCUGAAAACACCGCCAAUGAAGCCUUUAUUUCCAUUCCUGUUGCCCGUUUUUGAUUUGCUAUUAGUCUACAUUUUGUUUUUGUUUAUGUAUAUUUCAAAACUGACGUGGAACAUGUCAUUGUAA